AUGGAAGGAUAUGAAGAAUAUGCCGUUAAUGAUAAUGCGCUAUAUGAAUUUACUGUAACUGAUAACGCAUCAUACAGUAAUAUCCAGAGCAAUUUUGCUGCUAAUGAUAUCCUAGGUAUUAUAAGAGAUUUUUUAUGUAGCAAUGAUCAAGAUAAUCGUGAAGUUGGAGAUAUUAUGAACUGUGAAAAUGCUAAACACGAGAAUCUUAUACCAUAUAACUAUUAUAAUUUGAUAGAAG